AUGAGCCCAACGGACAACCCCCAGGCACUCCCUACCAGCAGCGAGACCGCGCAAGACAACCAACAGGUCCAAGGUACAGCCACGCCAGCGGCGGCGGCGGCAGCAGCAGCAGCAGCACCCAAGUCCAAGAACGCGCUCAAGCGCCUCCGCCGCGCGCAGGAAUGGGAGGACGGCCGGGAGGACCGCAAGCGACGGCGGCGAGAGAAGCGCGUGGCCAGCAAGGCCCGCCGCCGCGAGCAGCGGGCCGAGCUGCUGGCCGGGGGCGCCGAUCCCGCCGUCUUGUUCGCCAAGAGGACGCCCGCGCGGCUUGUGCCCGUCUCGCUCAUCCUGGACUGCGACUUCGAGUCGUACAUGACGGAUCGGGAGCUCGUCUCGCUCUCGAGCCAAGUCACGCGGUGCUACUCCGAGAACCGCAACUUCAAGUACAGCUCGCACCUCUGGGUCAGCGGUUGGCGGGGCAGGCUGAGGGAGCGCUUCGAAACGGCCAUGGAGAACCAGCACGCCAACUGGAAGGGGAUCGGGUUUGAGGAGGGCGAUUUCCUGGCCGCCGCGGCGCGAGCGAGGGAGGCCAUGAGGACCCCGGCCGGGGGGGACGUGAUUGACGCGCUGCGGAGGAGCGUCGGCGCUGCCGCCGAGCGGGACGGGGACGACGAGGAGCCGUUCCCCUUGCCUGGGCCGGUGCCCGAGCUGGAUGAGGCGUACGGGGACGUGGUUUACCUGACGUCCGAGUCGCCCUGUACGCUGGACAGGCUGGAGCCCAAUACGAGUUAUGUCAUAGGCGGGCUGGUGGACAGGAACCGCGAGAAGGGGCUGUGCUACAGACGAGCUGUGGCAAGGGGCAUUCGCACGGCCAGGCUGCCGAUAGGACAGUACGUGAAGCUGCGGACGCGGCAGGUUCUCGCUACGAAUCACGUGGUGGAGAUAAUGCUGCGGUGGCUGGAGUGUGAGGACUGGGCCGAGGCGUUUAUGCACGUUAUUCCCAAGAGAAAAGGCUACGAGAUGAUUGCGGACGUUAGUGAGGCGAAGACGGGUGACGACGACCCGGAGGGAAAUGGCCAUGAGAACGAGGGUGGGAACGAGGGUGGGAACGAGGAUGGAAAUGAGGGUGAGAACGAGGGCGAGAACGAGGCUGAAAGUAAAGAAUACAGUCCAGACGCAAGGUAG